AGCCUGGAUGACUGAUCCGCAACUGCAGUAUUGAAAGCCAUAGCCCAGGGAGCAAUGAUGUUCAGUGAUGUGUCCAUAGACUUCUCUCAGGAGGAGUGGGAGUGCCUGGAUCCUGCCCAGAGGAACUUGUACAGAGACAUGAUGUUAGAGAACUAUAGCAAUCUGGUUUCAAUGGGACUUUACAUUUCUAAACCUCAAGUUAUAUCCUUGCUGGAACAAGGAAAAGAGCCCUGGAUGAUUGGCAGAGAGCUAACAAGAGGCUUGUGUUCAGAUCUGGAAUCAAUGUGUGAAACAAAGCUAUUAUCUCUAAAGAAGGAAGUUUAUGAUAUAGAAGCAUGCCAGAGGGAAUUAAUGAGUCUUACAAAGCAAGGCCUUGAAUACUCCAGUUUCAGAAAUAUUUUGGAUUACAGAAACCACUUCGAUAGGCAAACUGGUUAUCAAAAUGGACACUUCAGCCAAGAAAUACUCACUCAUGAAUAUAUGCCCACCUUAAUUCAACGGACAUUUUUUACUUUACACCAAAUAAUUAAUAAUGCAGAUAAACCCUAUGAAUGUAAGAAGUGUGGAAAGGUCUUUAGUCAGAAUUCACAAUUUAUUCAACAUCAGAGAAUUCAUGGAGGGGAAAAAUCUUAUGAAUGUAAGGAGUGUGGGAAAUUCUUUAGUUGUGGCUCACAUGUUACUUGGCAGCUGAAAAUUCAUACUGGAGCAAAGCCCUUUGAAUGUAAAGAGUGUGGAAAGGCCUUUAGUUGUAGUUUUUACCUUUCACAGCAUCAAAGAAUUCACACUGGUAAGAAGCCCUAUGAAUGUAAGGAAUGUGGCAAGGCCUUUAGUUAUUGCUCCAAUCUUAUUGACCAUCAGCGAAUUCACACUGGGGAAAAACCUUAUGAAUGUAGAGUCUGUAGGAAAGCUUUUACUAAGAGCUCACAGCUUUUUCAGCGUGUGAGAAUCCAUACCGGUGAGAAACCCUAUGAAUAUAAGGUCUGUGGCAAAGCUUUUACUCAGAGCUCAAAGCUUGUUCAGCAUCAAAGAAUUCAUACUGGUGAGAAACCCUAUGAAUGCAAGGAGUGUGGUAAAGUUAGUAGUGGCUCAGCACUUACUAAUCAUCAGAGAAUUCACAGUGGUGAAAAACCUUAUGAUUGUAAGGAAUGUGGGAAGGCCUUUACUCAGAGCUCACAACUUCAUCAGCAUCAGAGAAUUCAUGCUGGGGAGAAACCUUUUGAAUGCCUGAAAUGUGGGAAGGCCUUUACUCAGAACUCACAACUCUUUCAACACCAGAGAAUUCAUACAGAUGAAAAACCAUAUGAGUGUAAUGAAUGUGGGAAGGCCUUUAACAAAUGUUCAAACCUGACUUGGCAUCUAAGAAUUCACUCUGGUGAAAAACCCUUUAACUGUAAGGAAUGUGGGAAGACCUUUAGUAGUGGCUCCAAUCUCAUUCGUCAUCAGGGAAUUCAUACUGAUGAAUAAUCAAAAUUAAAGCUCCAAAAUUAUAAAGCCAAAAUGUUACCUAAUAUUUUUAACCAAAAAAAAAAAAAAAAAAAAAGAAAGAAAGAAAGAAAAGAAAAGCAUCAGUUUUGAAGUCUGUGAAGAGGACUAAAAGGGCUGGAAUGCAUGUUUUAGA